AUGGUAUUUAGUGAAGACCCGCUGUUCCAAACAAAAGUUCCAUACCCUCCAAAAUCUGUAUACGAGUUUGAGUCGAGAAACACUUGGCGUUACUUCGCACCAGGGGAGUACCGAAAUGACGAGUAUGAUGAUACUAUGAAGGAGAUAAGAAAAAAAGAAAUGGCAACCAUGACAAAGGAAGCGCCGAUCAAUCCAGAUGCCACUACAGAUGCUUCGGUUUCUGAAGAAUUUGAGGAUACUGACGACAAAACCCCAUUAAUUUCCUCAUCUAAAAAUUAA